AUGAGUGAUUCUGACGACAAACCCGAAAAGCCAGGUGUGCCUGCAUGGCAGCUGAAAAAGGAAGAAGAAAAGCCCAGUGAUUCAUUGGAAGAACCCCUUGAAGCACCAAAUAAGACAACAGUACUCGAGCAGGCGAGGAAGUUCUUGGAUGAAGAUGAAGUAAAAGAUGCAUCCACAGAUAAGAAGGUCGCUUUCUUGGAGAGCAAAGGUCUUGAUGAGAAUGAUAUACAAGAACUAUUAGGUGUGUCGCGGAAAGAUGAAGCAUCAAACACUUCAACCUUCGAGGUUAAAUCAACACCCGAACCAAAACAACAACCUCAACCUUCACCUCAACCUCAACCAAUCCCACGAUCUUCACCUCCAUCCACUCGAGCAGACUAUACACAAGCAUCUCGCGAUCAACCGCCUAUAAUAACUUAUCCCGAAUUCUUGGUUCAACCAUCCACCUCUUCCACUCCUCUAAUCACCAAACACCGCCUCCUCACCACCCUUUACCUUUUCGGCUCCCUCAGCUUCCUUCUUCACGGCACAAACACAUUUCUCAUCCGGCCCAUGCUCGACACUCUCACCGAAUCCCGGCUCUCCCUAUCCUCCGCCACCCUCAACAACCUCCAAAAGUUGAUUCACAAACUCGAGAAUUCCGUCUCCGAAAUCCCUCCUACCACCCACCACCACAAACCCUUACAGUCCGAAUACCUCGACUCAGAUUCUAGCUCCUCAACCGGUGAUCCGACCGAGCUUUUCCACCGCGACAUCGGCGUUCAAACAUCUCCCCCCUCAUCUCCUAUGCAAACACCCAGUUCGCUCUCCUCAAUAUCCCACGGGAAUACCGCGACAAAUACAACAUUGAUACAGACAUCGCGUCUCACAACUCUGCAGAGUACAUUGGCUUCAUUAUUAGAAGAUUCAUCGUACGAAUCGUCCACAACAGAAGAGCUCGAAACGAAAAUGAGUAUAUUGAAGGAAUAUCUACAAGGGCUGGUAUUUUCAACACCGACGUUUGGGUAUGGGUCGGGAGGUUAUGGGAAUUCAGGGGAUAGAAGUGGAAAUGGAAAUGAUAAGGGGGGAGAAGAUGAGAUUGCUAAGGUCAAGAGGGAGAUUAGGGGAGUGAAGGGGGUUCUACUUAGUGCGAGAAGUUUCCCGGGAGGUGCAAGGGCGAGAUAA